GCACGAGGCUUCCGGUGCCGCGAUGGGCCACCUUCGUAUGGAGUGCACCAUCCUAAACCCGAACUUCUCGGUGCUGGACAGCGAGAAGAACGUUGUCCUGAUGAUCAAAGGACCGCUGUGCACAUCGUCCAUCUGUGCCCAGGACGUGGUCUUUGACAUCCUAACUAUGGACGGCGUCACAAAGAUUGGCGCGAUGACGAAGGUCUGGUCCGGAUUGACCAGCGAGUACUGCACCGACGCCGGACAGUUCGCGGUCACCUUCCCCUUGGACUUGGAUGUGAAGAUUAAGGCCGUGCUGCUCGGCGCGGUUUUUCUAAUCGAUUUCAUAUACUUCGAGUCCAUACGAUGCGAGAGGCAACCGGAUCUUCCUGUCAACCUUAUAAAUUAGUUAUCCGAAGAUCACCGAUCUUGUCGUGCUUCCCUAAAGACAGCCAGGCUUUCCAGAAAAGCCUUUGCGCAGUCGACUGCAUGUUUGCGAACGUGGUCAUAACGGUAUUCGCACUUAUUACUAUACUCGCAGGUAACAGGCUAUUGUUUAUGGUUUUCUCGUGCGUUUAUUGCACGAUACCUUCUUUAUCGUGUGGAGGCAGCUAGAUUAAUGUUAAGGCAGC